AUGGGGAAAAACGACAAGAAGGGUGCCGACAAGGGAGGCAAGGGCAAGGCAGACAAGGGUAAAGAUGCAAAAGACUCUGGCGGCAAAUCCAAAGGUGCUCAGAGUAUCAACGUCCGUCACAUUCUGUGCGAGAAACAUGCUAAGAAGGAGGAGGCUUUGGCGAAGUUGAACGACGGCCUCAAGUUCGAUGAGGUCGCACGAGAGUACUCAGAAGACAAGGCAAGGCAAGGUGGUUCACUGGGGUGGAAGACCAAGGGUAGCCUGGACCCCAAGUUUGAGGAGGUGGCUUUUGCUCUUGAGUCCAGCACAACCGCCAGUCCGAAAUUUGUAGAGUGCAAGACGGAGUUUGGAUAUCAUAUCAUCAUGGUAAGUUCACAACUUCUUGCACAAGUAUCGAUCCGAGAUUAA